AUGGUUGGAGAUCUUCAGAGGUACUUUGAUCGGUAUCUCAAGGGCAUCGACAAUGGUUGGGAGAAGGACACCCCUCGUGUACGACUUUCUCUCUUGGGGUUUGAAGUGAGCGGCGGCAUCUCAUCGACGAUCCGCGAAAGACCGGAACCGGAAUGGCCCUUGUCCCGACAACAGUUGAGACGACUCUACCUCGACGUAUCAACCAUGUCAUUGCAGGAGCAGCAUGUGGGAACAGAAUCCUCCGUGUCCUACGCAGCCAACGACAUGUAUGCUAGCUCGGACUUUACUGUUUAUUUCGACAAGUACACCAAAAUAGCGGGCUAUGCGAAAGUAUGCCUUUGGAUGUCCUGCGAAGACCUCGACGAUCUCGACGUUGCCGUCCAGAUCCAUAUUCCAAAUGUCAACACAGCAAAAUACUUGGGUCCACAGGGUUUCCUACGAGCCUCGCACAGCAUCACCAAGGACGACACUCUCUCUAGUGAGCAGGAAAUCUUCUACCGACACGAUCGGCGAAAAUUGAUUGUCCCAGGGUCCAUCGUAAGAUUGGAAAUCACCUUGUGGCCCAUGGGGAUGACCUUUGAAACUGGUGAAGGCAUCAUGCUACGUGUGGCGGGUCAUGACAUGUGUCUUCCCGAGACGGAUCGUAUCAAGGGGGCAUCAGCGAAUAAUGAGAAUAUAGGGGACCACAAGACUUAUGCGGGCGGAAAAUAUCAAUCGUACUUGGUACUACCAGUUGUAUGA